AUGUCUGCUACCGUCAAGGCUAAAGAACCACCUUCUCGACCAGAUCCAGGGAAUAAUUCAUUUAGUACUUCAAUUACUCACUCAUCUGCCACCACCUCACAACCCAUUCUUUCUAAAGAAGAGAAUACUUGGCAUGAAAAGUUGGGCAUCUGGAUUCCUAACGAUCUCUUCCCUUACGUAACUGACGAACCUGUUUACACUUCUAACAGACAGGCGAAAAUCAAAGGUCAACAAUAUACACCAGGAUGUUAUUACUGGUUUCUUGGUAUUAGAAAACGUAAAGAAGCUCACGAACUAGCUGUGCGACAACAAAAUGAAAAUGAAGCAUGGGAAGUUAAACGUCUUGCUUAUGAAGAUGAACUCUCUGCUAGAGCAAAGCUCUGGGGUACCUCCUCUAAUCGUGUAGAAUAUCGUGAAGAUAUGACCAAAGAUCUCACAAAAUUUCAAGAUCACUUUCACAAGAAAAUUACUCCUUUAAUAGACCGCCGUUCCGUUCUACAGAACAGAAUCACGCAAGGAAAAAAUGUUUAUAAAACUAACAAACAAUUGCUCCAAUUAGAGCAAGAAUUAGGUCAUUUUCACAUUGACUAUUUCUCGGUCAUGGAUGACCGCGAAUCUCAUUAUCGGUACAAAGGACACACAUCAGAUGAUGCUAAACAACUCAAACUUAGACCACAUAAACGUCCCCCUAUUCCGCCUACAAAUAUCGAUAGGCAUAACACGGAGAUCAAAAAAUCGAGACUAGAUAUCCUGUCUCCUGAAGACUCUAAAGUCUUCGUUUUACGCUAA